CCCGGCCGUGCACGAGGCAAGAUGUUGAGGCGCAGCCUGGAAAACCGGUAACAGCUCCGGGCCUAGCUGCCCAGGGCCGCCCAUAUGGACGCUCAAACGAGACAACUGCAAGAUGCUGUCACAAAUGUGGAGAAGCAUUUUGGAGAGCUGUGCCAAAUCUUUGCUGCCUAUGUGCGGAAAACUGCCAGGCUGCGAGACAAAGCAGACCUCUUGGUGAAUGAAAUCAACGUGUAUGCCUCUACAGAGACCCCACAUUUAAAGCAGGGCCUGAAAAACUUUGCAGAUGAGUUUGCCAAACUUCAGGAUUAUCGACAAGCCGAGGUUGAAAGACUUGAAGCCAAAGUAGUUGAACCUUUGAAAGCUUAUGGAACCAUUGUAAAAAUGAAACGGGAUGACCUCAAAGCCACAUUAACAGCAAGGAAUCGAGAAGCUAAGCAGUUAAGUCAAUUAGAAAGAACACGUCAGCGAAACCCAUCUGAUCGACAUGUUAUUUCACAGGCAGAAACUGAAUUACAGAGAGCUACAAUGGAUGCUACCCGGACAACUCGUCAGCUGGAGGAAACUAUUGACAAUUUUGAAAAGCAAAAAAUAAAGGAUAUCAAGACUAUAUUUUCAGAAUUUAUCACAAUUGAAAUGUUAUUUCACGGCAAGGCUUUAGAGGUCUACACUGCUGCCUACCAAAAUAUACAAAAGAUUGAUGAGGAUGAAGAUUUAGAGGUUUUCCGAAAUUCUCUGUAUCCACAAGAUUACUCAUCUCGUUUAGAUAUUGUAAGAGCAAAUUCAAAGUCACCUCUUCAGAGAUCACUGUCAACUAAAUGUGUAUCUGGAACAGGACAGGUAUCUACCUGUCGAAUAAGAAAGGAUCAACAAGCAGAAGAUGAUGAUGAUGAUGAUGAUGAUGAUGAAGAGUUAGAUGUUACAGAAGAAGAAAAUUAAUUUUCUUAAGUAAACUUCACAUUUCCAUUUUCAUCUUAAAUGACUCUCAAUACAGGAUUACUAAACUGUAAAACUUUAUACUUGCUUGAUAUAUUAAACCUCAAAAUGAAAUCCUACAAAUGGAAAAAUAAUUAAAAGAAAUUACACUGACCAAAAAUGAAGGUUUAAAAAAAAUUAUACAACAGUCAUUUCAAUGUCCUACCUGAUAGUAUAUGAUCUUUUUGUAUAUGUUCCAUUUUUUAAGAGAUUAUGUAUUUCAAAGUAUUUCAUAUUAAUGUACUAUAUAAUUAGUUGAAUUUGCAAUAGUUAAGUAGAUAACAAAACCCAAGAUCUAACAAUUCCGUUUCGCUUCUUUUAGGUGAAGUGAGGAGUUUAUACUUUCAUCACCAGAAAAGGGUCUUAUAUAGUAGUUCUGAUUACAUACAAAUUCUGUUCCAUGAUGCCUUAAGUAAAAUUUUUUUUCUUUUUUCAUUUUACUAAAACCUUAUAUUUCAACAUUUGAUAUGUAAAUUUAUUUUCAAACAUUAAGUAUAAUAAAAUAAAGGUAGUGGGACACUAAGAAAUCAGUGUUUUAUAAAUACACAUAAAGCAGAAAUUUCAGUUUGAAAAAAGUUACAACCUGAUUCUGAUUUUAAAACUGUCAUCUUAAGGCUUUAUAUAUGGUACUACAACUUCUAGAAAGCUAAUAAUUUGUUGGAAUGUUGUCUCAUCAUGAAAUACCAUAAAUGAUUAAAAAUUCUAUAAAAAUUUUACCAUGCUACCAUUUAGUUAAUAAAAUGGUAUAUACUUUUGUUCCUAAAAAUACAAAACAAUUUAAUCAGGGCCUUUCAGUGUAUCUGAUGUUUUUGAUUCUUUUGGCAAGAAAUUACAACUUUUGUUUUUUCAUGGAUCCCAGUAAGGCAAAAGAAAAAAAAAGAAAUUUGUAGAAAUUAUUUGGGAUAACCAGAUCGAUCAAUUUAUUCAUAAGAGAAGAAUAAAGACUUUCUGGAAAGUUUUUCAGACUUUGCAUUCAUGCUUCUGUUCUUAACAAAGUACUACUGCCUAAGAAUAAUCCUAAGUGAUAAAACUACUUCAGUACUUUUUAAAUAAAACAUUCAAAACAUUUUAAAACCCUAAAUAAAUGAACAGCCUUAAUAACUUUCAGAUAUCAUUGGAUUUUUAUUAUUUUCUCAGUCAUUAUUUAAUUUGGUGUUGAGGUCACGGAAAACAGGCUAUAGUAUUUUACUUGCAACUUACUAAAUAGUAACUUACUUCCUUUAGCAUCAGUUAAGGUAAAACAAUGCCUAAUACAUAA